GCUGUGUGGAGGUUUAACAUAAAGUAUGGCUGAUGCCGAGGACAUUCAACCCCUUGUCUGUGACAAUGGAACUGGGAUGGUGAAGGCUGGAUUUGCUGGAGAUGAUGCUCCCUGGGCUGUUUUUCCAAGUAUUGUUGGUUGGCCCCGCCACACUGGUGUCAUGGUUGGGAUGGGACAGAAAGAUGCAUAUGUUGGUGAUGAGGCCCAGUCCAAGAGACUGACUUUGAAAUAUCCUAUUGAGCAUGGAAUUGUCAGUAAUUGGGAUGAUAUGGAGAAGAACUGGCAUCAUACAUUCUACAAUGAGCUCCGUGAGCUCCGUGUAGCACCUGAAGAACAUCCAGUUCUUCCUACAGAAGCCCCUCUGAAUCCAAAGGCCAACAGGGAAAAGAUGACACAAAUAAUGUUUGAGACGUUUAAUGUUCCUGCCAAGUAUGUUGCCAUUCAAGCUGUCCUCCCCCUUUAUGCUAGUGGACGUACAACAGGUAUUGUGCUGGACUCUGGUGAUGGUGUCAGCCACACAGUCCCGAUCUAUGAGGGACAUGCACUUCCACAUGCUAUCUUACGGCUUGAUCUUGCUGGUACAGAUCUGACAGCAGAUGCUUUGAUGAAGAUUUUGACUGAGAGGGGGUACUCCUUCACUACCACAGCCGAGCGGGAAAUUGUUCGUGACAUUAAAGAGAAGCUUGCUUAUGUAGCCCUUGAUUAUGAGCAAGAGCUCGAGACUGCCAAGAGCAGCUCGGCAGUUGAGAAAAGCUAUGAGCUACCUGAUGGCCAGGUCAUCACCAUUGGGGCUGAGCGAUUCUUCGAGCCUGCUCUCAUUGGUAUGGAAACCCCUGGUAUCCAUGAGACUACCUACAAUUCUAUCAUGAAGUGUGGCGUGGAUAUCAGGAAGGACUUGUAUGCGAACAUUGUGCUUAGUGGAGGGUCCACUAUGUUCCCGGGCAUUGCUGACCGUAUGAGUGUAGUUGUCUGCACAAGAUGCCGAGUAGAACAUCUUGUCUUGGGGUUCGUUGAUCAAUUGCUGUGCUUGAGUCUGAAAUAG